GAACCAGUUAUCUCAGACCAGGGAAGAUGGACUCGAGAGGAAAGAUGAACUUCAGCAGCAUGUCUUUGGUGGUUUUAAUUUCAGCCUGUGUUUUGGUAGCAGUAAUGCCAUCUGAUGCCACAUACCAUACUAGCAAUCCUCCCCCAAAGGCUUACUACUACAAGUCUCCUCCUCCACCUGUCCACCUGCCAUCACCAGUUCCCAAGACUCCAGUUGUGAAGCCACAUCCUCCUCCAAAGCCUGUAUCUCCUCCCCAUUACAUUUACAAAUCACCACCUCCACCUGUCCCUAAGAUUGCUCCUCCCAAGCCAACUCCAACAUUUCCUCCUCCUUCACCAGUCCACACUCCACCCAAACCAUAUCAUCAUAUGCCUCCUCCUUCACCAGUUUACACUCCCCCCAAAACAUCUCCUCCCCCUCACCAUGAGAAGCCACCAAAGGCACCAGUAUCUCCUCCAUAUGAACAUAAAUCCCCACCUCCUCCAAAGGUGGAAAUUAAACCUCCUCAACCUCCAGUUGUAACUCCUUCCCCACCCAAGGCAGUGCCCGUGUACCCACCUCCCCAUUCUAAAUCCCCAGUCUACCCACCACCCACUCAUCACUACUCUUACAAGUCUCCUCCUCCUCCAUACUAGGCGAUCUACUAAACAGCUGAUAAGGAUGCCAGCUUCGCUGGACUAGUUUUAGUACAAUAACGGAUUCAGCUGUAGUCUGUAAAAGACAAUCGCUUGCAGCACAAUGUAAUCACAUUGAUCUGCAUACAGACCUCGAUUGUUAAUCAUCGAUUAUAUAUGCUACAUUUCGAUAUAAUAAAGCAUCCUAGCGUAUUUAUAUGAA